ACGGAAAAAGAAAAAAUGAAGACAGUUCACAGUCUCAGUUGGCCACUGCAUUGCACGAUAUUACGGAUGAUUUUGAAGAUAUAUCAACAGUGUUCAGUCUGUGCGGAUGACACAACUAGGUUCAUGGAGCUUCUUUGCUUGCUUAUAUGCAAAGGUUGCCUAAAAAAUCUAAAGUAGAAAAGCUCUUAGCUCCAACACGACCUCGUGGACGACCUGCCAAGAGAAGCCUGGCGAGCAGAACUUUGUGUAGCAAUAAAGAAACGCUUGAUGAGGAUGAUUUUAGUGAUGCGGCGUCUGUGACCACAGAUGACAAAAGCUCUCAAGAUGUAGUUGUAAUUGAUGACGACAAUUGUGACUUGGAACUAGACGAGUCAUUUUUGAACAAGGAUGAAAAACUUUGUAGAAGUUGCAAACAUAUUGUUCCAAUGGAAAUGUUUCAGAAUCACUUGAAGGAAUGUUUUCAAAAGUUCAAAUUGCAUAAGAACACCAGAACCACCAAAGAGACAGUUCAUCCUUGUUCAAGUCAUCAAGAAAGCAACCCUGAAGAAAAGCUAUCUGCUGCUGUUCAGGAAAAGGAAAUUUUGCACAUUUUACCAUGUCCCCUCUGUCUGAAGAUUCCAUGAAAACAAACAUUAAAGAGAAGGGUCGAGGGUCAAGAGGUCGGAGAAAUUUCCACAAUACUGUGCUAGCUACUCGUUCAGUCGCAGAAAGGGAAAGGAUUAUAAGUGAAAAAGUUGCUACUAUUUUAGCCAGUGAAACUUCAACUAAUAUAAGUUGGAAAGAAAACACCACUCAGGGAGGACGUGGGCGUCUCACAAAUGUUCGGGAUGAGAACUGUACUUUGUGGAGUGCAUCAGCUAGUAAUCUUGAGCAACCCAUUGAGAAAUAUUAUGUUGCUGAUCUCGAGUCACACAUCAAGCCCAAAAAAGCUGAAGUUGGGAGGCUUUUGAAGAGGCUGUCGGACAUUCCAGGACGACUGAAUGUCACUGUUAUGCAAAACAUUAAUGAGAACUCUGACAGUGAAUCUGAUGUAGAAGAAGCUUCUGUUCUUAAUGAAUACUGCACACAGCUUGCCAUGGCAGAACUCCUAGGCUCUCAAGAACUGAAUUUAACUCGUGCCAAUGGCCCUGCAUCACCAAAUUUAUCUUCUCUUGAUGACCUUCAAGGUCCUAGUUCAAACAUCACCCUAGAAGCUGCUAGUGGUUUCUGGUUGAUCCACCCAGCAGAAACUAAAGACUCCAAUGAUACUGCUACAGCCGAAGAACCAGAAGUCAAUAGUACAUCCAAAGUCCCCAACACACAUGUGGAUUUUGAAAAGACUCCUGAAAGCAGCAACAGUCAGGUUAAUAGUAACGAAGAUGAUAUUUUAGCAGAAAUGAGAGCAAAGAAGAUUGGAGAAAGUGAAAUUUCAACCAAGGAUAGUAAACUUACAGAUGGAGAUGGAUCUUAUAAAUUUAGCAGCAAUUUCUGUUUUUCUGAUGCCUCAAAAUCUGUUUUAGAUGCAGGUGAUUCCAGAUGCAGAACAGGUAAUGAACAAAGGGCAUUAGUUAACUCUUCGACUUGCUCUGAAAAUGAGGACUUUGUUCAUUCAGAGAUCAACUGUGGAAAAAAUGAUACUUUUUUCUCAUCUUUCUGUAACGUAAGUUCUCCAAAGAAGAUGUGUCGCAUCUCUUUAUCUGGCCACAUUCUUAGUAGUUUACACAACGAUGCACAAAAAGAAGAGGAUUCUUCAGUUCAAGGCUGUGAUGGUAGUAAGGAGCAGAAUCUCUGUAGUAGUCCUAAAAGCAAUCUUCAUGGGGAGAACAAUGUAAUAAGCAAAGAAAUAACUGAAGUAAGAUUAGUUGGAAGUCAAGAUAGUGAAAUUUUGUGUUUGCUUGACACAACUAUUGACAAAGACACCAAAGGGUCUCAAGUGUUACCAAAAAGACUGAGUAGAUUACAGGAGAAAGCCAACCAAUCAGGAGAACUGGUGGGCAAAAUGUUUGCAGGUGAUAGCUCAUCAGGCUGUCGUUCAUUAAAUUCCACCUCCUUUCUACAUAGAAAAUGUAACACAUCAUCCAAACAGGAAGACCUUUGCUCAAGAGAAACUGUGGAGGAAGAAACACUUGAUGAAGUUGGGAAGCUAUCAGAUACCUCCUGUGACUCAGACAGCACAGAAAUAUUCAACUUAGUAAAGGGAAAUAAUAAUAAUCAGGAUUCAGUUGCUUGGGAGUCAGAUCAUGGAUCCUCUAUUAAAAAAAAAGGAACAGGAAAAGAAAAUAUAAAACAAAGAAAAAGUGGGAAACUAACUAGUAAAAGUAAUAAAUGCAAGUUAGGUUUAGUAUCCACGGAAACAACUGAGGAAAAGUCAGAUGAGAAAGAAGAUAUUUCUUCUGAUGAUUGUAAUUCUCCACUGUUGUUAGAAGAUGAAGUUCAUAAAGAUGAUAAUGAAAGUGAUGAAGGUGAUGCCAGAACUAUCAUAUAUGAUGACAAUUCAGGUGAUGGAAUGUUGCCUAUGCCAUUGAGUGAUGAACCUUGCGAAAGUAUCUGUGAAUUAGAAACUACUGCACCAUUCCAGGGUAAAGAGAAAGAAGUGAAUAUCACCUCCCGUGCUUCAGAGAACUCUUGUUCUAUAAACAGACACCACACUUUUUCAGAAAAGUCUUCAGUAGACUUUCAAGAUAAAAAUGGUGUUAGGAAUGUUCCUUCAUCUCUGCAAUUUGCAGUUGAUAUGGAUGAAACCAAAAUGUACAUUAACUCCAAGACUGUUAGGCAUUGCAAUGAUAGUACAGUGAUGUACCAGUCCAAUAAGGAUAAAUGUCGGACUGAAAGAGCAGUAACUCCACAAAAUGCCUGUGAAGACAGUUCAGAUCCUGAAACAAGAGAAGGAAAAUUAGGCAUAACUUUAUCCACUGAAGAGUAUACCAAAGCAGGAGAGACAGCUAUUAAUCAAAUUCUUGAAGCCUUUGAAGAAACCAUACCCAGCAGAUAUUUAAAUGAAGCAAAUGACACAGUAUUGUAUAAAAGUAGGGUUAGUGCAAAAGAACCUCUGCCUAAUGAGGAUUCAAGUCUGCAUGAUGAUACAUUGCCUGAAGAUAUGAUGAAAAAGUUACUGGAAGUGACACCUCUUAAAGGUACCACCAAACUGGAUUUGGAUGAAACUGUAGAGUAUGGAGAUUCAAAUGAGAAAAACACCACAGUCCUUCACCAACAUGGGGUCUGCAGUGCUUCCAAGAAUACAGUGGUCAUAGACAAUAAUUCUCUAAUGGAAGAUGAUUCCAAUUACAGUAGUGAAAAACAUGAGAGCCAAGGUGUGGAAGGUGACAAUAGAAGUUUAAAGGAUUGUCGUACAAAAAGCAUCACUUCAAAUGUUUCUCCUGAACUGAUUAGUACUGAGGAGAGUUCAGAAAUCAACAAGAGAUCAGACAGCAUGCUGACAAGGCUUAUUUAUGACUGGGGCUCCCUUUUAGCUAGUGGUGAAGAAAGCGAUGUGACUAUCAUAACAAAUAGCGGUGAAGAAUUAAAAGCUCACUCUAUUGUUCUCUUAGCUCGAUGUCCCGAGUUAUAUGCAGAUGUGAAAAAUAGCAAAAGACAACUUACUUGGACUGGAGUUUCAUAUGAUGGAGCAUACAUCUUUUUAGCAUAUUUAUACACUGGUGGUUGCAGAAUAAAAACCAAAGAUGAUCCUUUUUGGAUGGAUGUUUUUGAUCUGGCUUUGAAAUAUAAAAGUGAAGAACUCAUUAGUUUCCUUGAGUCUCUCUAUAAAAUAGGGAAUUCUCCAUUAAAGAAAAAGGUUUGUUACAGAAGGGCUCUGAGUCCGGUGUCUCAGAAGUGUUGCCUGAAAAAUUAAUCAAGAGGAAGAAUGAUAGAAAAGACUCUCGUAGGUGAUGUGGUGGUAAGAAGAAAGGAACCAGACAAAAUUCAUUGUAGUUUAUCCAAUAGUAAGAUGAAGUUAGGGAACACUAGCACAGUUAGACCAUUACAGAUGGAUUCUGCUGAAGAUACUGCCAUACCACAGCAGACAAGUAGUGAAUUCAAGAUAAACACAAGUCUUUCUGUCCUAAGUACUCCUAAAGCUGACAGAAGUAGUAGAAGUGUCCCCAGGAAAGUGGCGAGAUGUCUUGACCUAUCUCCCAUUGAUAAAACACUGUCACCAACAGUUCUUUAUUCAGAUGAGAAUGAUCAAGUUGAUGAGUUGAGGACAAAUAACAUUAGUUCACCUGAUGAACCAAGCAAGAGUUCCAAGGAAAAAACUUGUAGUAUUUAUGGGUCACAGUCACCAGACCUGUUUGAUUCCUCUGUGCAGGAAGAAAAUGUUAGUUUUAUAACCACGCCAGCAAAAUCACCACUUGGAGUUUCAUCACCCGAAGAUACAACUGUGAAAAGCCAUUCCAAGGAGUCUGAACAUGAUCAUGCAGUUGGAAUAUCAAACUCUUUAUCUAGUCACAAGAAAUCUCCAGAGGUGCAAAUCAGCUACAAUGUUCAGUGUGAUGAAAGUUCGGUGUGUUCUAAAUUUGGAAACAACCAAGGACAAAGUUGUGAGAGUGGAGUAUUGCAUAGUCAGGAUGAUUAUCAAGAUAAUGAUCGUACAGAAGAUAAAUGUCAUAUUUCAAAAGAUGUAGAUGCAAAGAAAGGGAAUUCAUUAGAUUCAGCAAAGCCUUUAAAUAUUGAAGACAAUAUUGAUGCUAAUGAUGAAGAUGAGAUGCAAAAUGGUAAUGUAAUUGAUCUGACAAUUGAUAGCUCUGAUGAGUCACAGUCUAGUUAUCUCUCAGUUGGUAACAUUGUGGAUAAAACUACAAUUAGCAGCAAAACAGCCACACCCACAUACUCUCAAGAUGAUAUGGAGCCUCUUAGAUUGGUGGAAAGUGAAGAAAGUGAAAAGGAUGUGGAUGAAGUUCCUCACCAAGUAAAAACUGAUAAAAGUGAGGAUAAUGGAAAAGGAAAUGAGAUAGCAGUUGACAUAAUAUGCCCAUCUCCAAACAGUGCUGUUAGUGACAAAGACGACCACGAAGGGUCAAGAUCUGGCAGAACUGAAAAUGAUCAUUCUUACAUAAGCAAUGUGUGGGAUGAUUUUGAUGAUGCUGGAUUUGGAAUUUCUGUUGAUAUGCCACUGACACCUGACAAAGGUGGAAAUACUGAAAAUGUCAGUUGCCUUGAUUUGCCAUCUCUUGAAGAGGAGGAAAGAGUUGUUGCUCACAUGGACAGUGAACGGAUCAUUAGCAAUGAAUCCCAGUCCAGCACUUUCAAAGCAACUCUACCUAUGGUGCCCCCUAGUUUAUCAAACCAGAAAAACUUGGACUCCGCAACCAGUACAACAGAUACCCAAAAAUCCUGCAGGUUUGACCAGGGAUGUACAAAGGCCAGUUCUUGUUUUCCAUCCAUUAGUGAUGAUACAAUGGCUAAAGUAACAGAAGACAUGGAUGAUUCUAAUUUAUGGAAAGAAGAGUUUGAGCCAGUGUUUGAAGAAGAUAACCAAAUGAUAGAAAGGGAGUGUUUUGACAAAGGGAAUACUGUCGGGUAUGAAAAGAUGAAAACUCCUAAACAGAAAGCAAAAACACAGAAUAUGGUAACGCCAAUGCCGAAUUACAAAAAUAUGCCAUCACCAGAACUUCAGAAAGAGCUCAAGAGAUAUGGGAUUAAGCCCAUUAGUCGGAAAAAAGCAAUUGUUUUGCUGGAACACGUUUAUGAAAAGACGCAUCCGUUAGUUACUGAUAGUGAGGCUGAUAGUAGUUAUUGUGAUACUCCAUUACAACCACAACCUGCUACAACAAAAACUGGUAAACAGAGAGUCGCUGCAUCCCUUGGAGAAAGGCUAGCAAUGAGAAAUUCAAAGAAGACUAAAAAUACAGAUGAUAAGCCAAAGAAGAAUACGGCCUCAAAAAAUCAAAACAACAAAGUGUCUCAGGUUGUCCACAUUCCAGAUAAAAUUGAAGAGGAGGAGGAAGAGGACAGUCCUCUAAAUUUGUCACAGUCUUCCAGCACAAGCGGUGAAGGAUCUGAAGUGGAUUGUGUUGAGGAAUCAAUGCUAGGGGGGACUCUUGAUAAUGACCUUGCCAUUAGUGCAACUCAGCAAGGUUGCUUAUCAAGCCAAAUUGUCCAGUUUAUUAGAAGUGACCCAGAAUUUCACCAGAAAGUCCUACUAUAUGAACCCUUCUUUGUAGAAGAUUUACAGGCUUCACUUAAAGCUAAUGGAGUGAAAUGUAAUAUGAGAAGUCUUCUUGAUGUUCUUGAUGAUCAGUGCAUCACCUUCAGGACUCAUCAAGGACAGAGGCAACGCCAACGAGGUCGAAAGUGUAAGAGGAAGAGUGUUGGUACUCCAGGUAAAUCACCCAAGAGAUCUAAAAGGACCAAUCCUUAAAUGCUGGUAUUAUUU